GCUGUCCGACAGGUCCCAGGACGGAGGGCUGCUCCCCGGAUGGCGACGGUAGACUGUUCGACCCCGGCCUCUAGUGGCCUGUCGCCGAAGGAAGAAGGGGAACUUGAAGAUGGGGAGAUCAGCGACGACGAUAACAACAGCCAGAUCCGGAGCCGGAGCAGCAGCAGCAGCAGCAGCGGCGGCGGGCUGUUGCCGUACCCGCGGCGGAGGCCUCCUCACCCGGCCCGGGGCGGUGGAUCCGGCGGAGGCGGCGGCUCGUCUUCGUCAUCGUCCUCUUCUCAGCAACAGCUGAGGAAUUUCUCACGCUCGCGGCACCCUUCCGAGCGGGGCCACCUCAGGGGACACAGCAGCUACCGACCCAAAGAACCCUUCCGAACUCAUCCGCCUCCGGUGCGGAUGCCUUCGGGCUCCCUGUCGGAAAAUAGCCCUCGGCCGUCCUUCUGGGAGCGGAGCCACAUCGCUUUGGACCGUUUCCGCUUUCGAGGCCGGCCCUACCGGGGUGGGAGUCGCUGGAGUCGGGGGCGAGGAGGGGGUGAGCGAGGAGGCAAGCCGGGGUGCCGAGCUCCUCUGGGAGGAGGAGCGGGAUCCGGAUUCAGCAGCAGUCAGAGCUGGCGAGAGCCCUCUCCACCUCGCAAGAGCUCCAAAAGUUUUGGAAGAUCUCCAUCAAGAAAACAGAAUUAUUCAUCCAAAAGUGAAAACUGUGGGGAAGAAACUUUUGAAGAUUUACUUUUAAAGUAUAAGCAAAUACAAUUGGAGCUAGAGUGCAUCAAUAAGGAUGAAAAACUAGCUCUGAGUAACAAAGAAGAGAAUGUGCAGGAAGAUCACAAAGCACUGAAUUUUGAGGACCAAACAAGCACGGAUAAUGGCAGUAUUACAAGAGACUCGAAUAAAGAAGUUGCUCCUGAGGAGAAAGCACAGGUCAAAACUUUUCAGGCAUUUGAACUAAAACCACUUAGGCAAAAAUUGACUUUACCAGGGGAUAAGAACCGGUUGAAAAAAGUAAAAGAUGGAGCAAAGCAGCUUUCCUUGAAAUCUAGUUCUACAGAAUCGAACCAAGAAACUUGGUGAGGAUGAAGAGGAGCUGUCUGAAUUACAACUUCGUCUUUUAGCUCUUCAAUCAGCCAGUAAGAAAUGGCAACAAAAAGAACAGCAGGUGAUGAAAGAAAGCAAAGAAAAACUGACCAAGACAAGAACUGUACAGCAGAAGGUUAAAACCAGUACAAAAGUACAUUCAGCUAAAAAAGUUAGCACAACAGCUAAACAGGCAUUGAGGAAGCAGCAGACAAAGGCAUGGAAGAAACUCCAGCAACAGAAAGAACAGGAAAGACAGAAAGAAGAGGACCAGCGGAAACAAGCUGAGGAAGAAGAGAGAAGGAAGCGAGAAGAAGAAAUCCGAAAAAUUAGAGACCUUUCAAAUCAGGAAGAGCAGUACAAUCGAUUCAUGAAAUUGGUUGGUGGAAAGAGAAGAUCAAGAAGUAAAUCUUCAGAUCCUGACCUGAGACGAUCCUUAGAUAAACAGCCUGAUAGUGGAGGAAGCAUUUAUCAAUAUGAUAACUAUGAAGAAGUUGCUAUGGAUACAGAUAGUGAAACCAGUUCUCCAGCACCUUCACCAGUACAACCACCAUUUUUCUCUGAAUGUUCUUUGGGGUAUUUUUCUUCAGCACCAUCUAUUUCUUUGCCUCCUCCAGCUCAGGUUUCAACUAUGCCAUCUUUGAGCCAGCCUUAUGGGGAAGGCUUGUGUGUUUCUCUUGAGCCUCUACCUCCUCUACCACCUUUACCACCUCUCCCACCUGAUGAUCCAGAACAGCCGCCAAAACCACCUUUUGCAGAUGAGGAAGAGGAGGAAGAAAUGCUCCUUCGAGAAGAACUACUUAAAUCUCUAGCAAAUAAAAGAGCUUUCAAACCAGAGGAAACAUCCAGUAAUAGUGAUCCACCUUCACCUCCAGUUCUGAACAGUUCCCAGCCUUUGUCAAGAAGCAACCUAUCAAUAGUCAGUAUUAAUACCGUAUCUCAGCCUAGGAUACAGAAUCCAAAGUUUCACAGAGGACCUCGUCUUCCACGAACUGUGAUCUCGCUUCCAAAACAUAAAUCAGUGGUUGUAACACUAAAUGAUUCAGAUGAUAGUGAAUCUGAUGGAGAGGCUUCCAAGUCAACAAAUAGUGUUUUUGGUGGAUUAGAGUCCAUGAUUAAAGAAGCAAGACGAACUGCUGAGCAAGCUUCAAAGCCAAAAGUACCUCCAAAAUCUGAAAAAGAAAAUGAUCCUUUGCGAACACCUGAAGCUUUGCCUGAAGAAAAGAAGAUAGAAUAUAGAUUGUUAAAGGAAGAGAUUGCCAAUCGUGAGAAACAACGUUUGAUUAAAUCAGAUCAGCUGAAGACGAGUUCAUCAUCCCCAGCAAACUCUGAUGUAGAAAUUGAUGGGUUUGGCAGAAUAGCAAUGGUUACUAAGCAGGUUGCAGAUGCAGAAGCAAAACUUAAGAAACACAAGAUCCUCUUGAUAAAAGAUGAAUCAGUUCUAAAGAAUUUAGUAUUGCAAGAAGCCAAGAAGAAAGAAUCUGUUCGAAAUGCUGAGACAAAAAUUACAAAACUUACUGAACAGCUUCAAGCAGCUGAGAAGAUUCUCAGUGUUAACAGGAUAUUUUUGAAGAAGCUUCAGGAGCAAAUCCAUAGAGUUCAACAGCGUGUUGCCAUUAAGAAAGCUUUGACUCUGAAAUACGGAGAAGAGCUUGCUCGGGCAAAGGCAGUGGCUAGUAAAGAACUAGGAAAACGUAAACUGGAGCAAGAUUGCCUUGGACCUAACAAAAUGAUGAGACUGGAUAAUUCUCCAAUAUCAAGUCCAAGAAAGCAUUCAGCAGAACUAAUUGCUAUGGAGAAAAUGCGAUUACAAAAGCUAGAAUAUGAAUAUGCCCUGAAAAUUCAAAAAUUAAAAGAAGCCAGAGCCCGUAAAGCAAAGGAACAACAAAAUAUUGUUCCAGUUGUGGAAGAGGAGCCUGAAUUUUCUUUACCUCAACCCUCACUUCAUGAUCUGACACAAGAUAAAUUAACUCUGGACACAGAAGAAAAUGAUGUUGAUGAUGAAGUUUUGUCAGGUUCAAACAGAGAACGAAGAAGGUCCUUCUUAGAGUCUAAUGCUUUUACUAAACCUAAUCUUAAGCACACUGAUACACCUAACAAAGAAUGCAUAAACAAACUUAGUAAAAGUGCUGUAGAAAAGCCAGAACUUUUUCUAGGGCUAAAAAUAGGUGAAUUACAAAAAUUGUAUUCAAAAGCUGACAGCUUAAAACAAUUGAUUUUAAAAACGACCACAGGAAUUACUAAAAAGAUCUUGCAUGGUCAGGAGAUUUCUGUGGAUAUGGAUUUUGUUACAGCACAGAUUAAAACAACAGAAGUGAAACCAUGUCCUUUUAGACCCUACCAUAGUCCUCUUCUAGUUUUUAAAUCCUACAGAUUUAGUCCAUACUAUCGAACCAAGGAAAAGCUUCCCCUAAGUUCAGUAUCAUACAGUAAUAUGAUUGAGCCAGAUCAGUGUUUCUGCCGUUUUGAUUUAACAGGAACAUGUAAUGAUGAUGAUUGUCAGUGGCAGCAUGCACAAGACUAUACACUUAGCCGAAAACAGCUGUUUCAGGAUAUUCUCUCAUAUAAUCUGUCUUUGAUUGGCUGCUCAGAGACAAGCACUGAGGAGGAAAUUGCUUCUGCGGCAGAAAAAUAUGUUGAAAAACUUUUUGGAGUAAACAAAGAUCGAAUGUCAAUGGACCAGAUGGCUGUUCUCCUUGUUAGCAAUAUCAAUGAAAGUAAAGGUCAUACACCUCCAUUUACAACCUACAAAGAUAAGAGAAAAUGGAAGCCAAAGUUCUGGAGAAAACCUAUAUCAGAGAAUAGCUUCAGUAGUGAUGAGGAACAGUCUACUGGACCAAUUAAAUAUGCUUUCCGACCAGAGAACCAAAUAAAUGUUCCAGCUUUGGAUACUGUUGUUACUCCAGAUGAUGUUAGAUAUUUUACCAGUGAAACUGAUGACAUUGCUAAUUUAGAAGCAAGUGUACUUGAAAACCCUUCUCACGUACAACUUUGGCUCAAGCUUGCAUACAAGUGCUUAAAUCAAGAUGAGGGACUGUGUUCAGAAUCUUUGGAUUCUGCUUUAAAUGUGCUGGCUCGAGCGUUGGAAAACAAUAAAGACAAUCCAGAAAUCUGGUGUCAUUACCUCAGAUUGUUCUCAAAAAGAGGAACUAAGGAGGAGGUGCAGGAAAUGUGUGAAACAGCUGUUGAAUAUGCUCCUGAUUAUCAAAGUUUUUGGACGUUUCUGCAUCUAGAAAGCACCUUUGAAGAAAAAGAUUAUGUAUGUGAGAGAAUGGUGGAGUUUCUGAUGGGCGCAGCCAAGCGAGAAAUAUCAGAUAUUCUGUCCUUUCAGCUCUUAGAGGCUCUUUUAUUUAGAGUUCAGCUACACAUAUUUACUGGAAGAUGUCAAAGUGCACUAGCAAUUUUACAGAAUGCAUUAAAAUUGGCUAAUGAUGAGAUAGUAGCUGAAUACCUUAGAACAAAUGAUCGGUGUUUGGCGUGGCUGGCCUACAUACAUCUUAUUGAAUUCAACAUUCUCCCUUCAAAAUUUUAUGAUCCAUCUAAUGCUAAUCCUUCAAGAAUUGUUAACACUGAACCAUUUGUAAUGCCAUGGCAAGCAGUUCAAGAUGUAAAAACUAAUCCUGACUUAUUAUUAGCAGUUUUUGAAGAUGCAGUGAAAGCUUGUACGGAUGAGAACCUUACCAGUGGAGAGAGAAUAGAGGUCUGCCUUCCACUUUACACAAAUAUGAUUGCUCUGCACCAGAUCCUAGAGAGGUUUGAGGCAGCAGUGGAGCUUUGCAAAUGUUUAUUGGAAUCAUGUCCCAUGAACUGCCAGUUAUUGGAAGCCCUUGCUGCUUUAUAUUUGAAAACAAAUCAGUAUGAUGAGGCCAGAUUGGUGUGGCUUACUGCAUUUGAAAAUAAUCCUCAGAAUUCAGAGAUUUUUUAUCAUAUGUGCAAAUUCUUCAUCUUACAGAACCGAGGCGAUAAUCUUCUUCCAUUUUUGCGGAAAUUUAUUGCAUCCUUCUUUAAACCUGGGUUUGAAAAGUACAGUAACUUGGACUUAUUUCGAUAUCUCUUGAAUAUCCCAGGACCACUCGACAUUCCAGCCUGUUUAUGUAAAGAGAAUUUUGAUGAUGACACGUUUAACAACCAAAUUCCUUAUUUGUGGCUGAUUUACUGCCUUUGUCAUCCUCUUCAAUCAAGUGUUAAAGAGACGGUGGAAGCAUAUGAGGCAGCAUUAGGAGUGGCCAUGAGGUCUGAUAUAGUGCAGAUGAUUUGGAUGGAUUAUCUUGUCUUUGCCAAUAAUAGAGCUGCUGGAUCCAGAAACAAAAUCCAAGAAUUCAGAUUUUUUACUGAUUUAGUGAAUAGAUGUUUGGUUACAGUCCCUACCCGAUACCCCAUUCCUUUUAGCAGUGCUGAUUACUGGUCCAACUAUGAAUUUCAUAAUCAGGUUAUUUUCUUUUAUUUGAGCUGUGUUCCAAAGACCCAGCAUUCCAAAACCUUGGAACGGUUUUGCACAGUUAUGCCAACUAAUUCUGGACUUGCACUGAGGCUACUUCAACAUGAAUGGGAAGAAAGCAAUGUUCAGAUUCUGAAACUUCAAGCCAAGAUGUUUACAUAUAAUAUCCCAACAUGCCUGGCCACCUGGAAAAUAGCCAUUGCUGCUGAGAUUGUUCUAAAGGGACAAAGAGAGGUUCACCGUUUAUAUCAGAGAGCCUUACAGAAGUUACCUCUUUGUGCAUCACUAUGGAAAGAUCAACUCUUGUUUGAAGCAUCAGAAGGAGGUAAAACUGAUAACCUGAGAAAACUAGUUUCCAAGUGCCAAGAGAUUGGAGUCAGCCUAAAUGAGCUCUUAAAUUUAAACAGUAACAAAACAGAAAGCAAGAAUCACUGAACACUGGGUGCAGUCAGUUCUAAGCCCUUUUAAUAAUUAAUUGCCAAACAUGAUUCUUCAAGAUUAGGCUGAUCCCUGGCUAAGGUCUGUGUAAGGCAGACAAGCAUUAUUGAUCAUAUCAAGUCCCCUACAAUAUCCUAUCCUUAAAACCGGAAGCAAUGAACAUGACAGUCUUCGACUGGAUAAAUGAACUUCCUGUUUGGCCUGCUUCUAGGCCCUGCCAGAUUCUCAUAACAUCAUGUACGUAAGUAUGGCUCCUCAGAGUGACUGACACUGAUUUUAAUUUUACUUUGGUUUUUGGUUUCUUUUUUCUUUUUUUUUUUUUUUUUCUUUUUUUCUUUUUUUUUCCUUUUUUAAAUUCUUCCCUACCUUUAUGUUGUGCUGUUCCUGAUCCACUUGACACUCUCUGAUGCCUGAGAGAUUCUUGUUUGGGAUUUAAUUUCCAGGGCUGUGUUUAUAGUAAGAAAGCAGGCAGUCCCUAUUAGUUCCUCCUCUUUAAAUCUUUUGAGAUUCUUCAUUUCAGGAUUUAAAACUUAAGCAGUCCAUCUUAAGGAAAGUGUAACUGCCAUGCCACAGUCUGCUAGUUGCACUUGAAUGUUCUAGCAGGUUGUUUAUUGCCCUUUCUACGUUUUGGACUCCUUGCUGAGACUGUUUAACUUGAAGAUUAAAGAAACUAUUGCAAAUGCCAGUGCAUCAGAACCUAAGAGUGGUCAAAUAUUAUGUGCAAUUUUUUGUAAAGAAAAUUUAAUUUAUAAUAAAGUUUAACAGUUUAAAGAACAGUUAA